AUGGGUCACUCCGUAGAUCCCAAGAACGGCCACUACAUCGGCAACUGGGGAGAGUUCGGUUGCCCGACCCCCCAGCGCAUCGCCACCUACUCGCUGUCCCCUAACCGUCAGCGUCCCAUGGCCGGUGCCGCCCACGCUGCUAUCUUCAACGUCUUCCGUCGUUUCCGCCACCAGGUUCUCUACGUUGCUCCCCCUUCAUUAUCGCAUACCAACGAGUUCCUGAACUCCAAGCCCGGCCGUCUUCUCGAGGGUGGCAAUGAAGAGUAA